CUCCCUGGGAGCGGGUCUGCCCUUGGGGGAGGCCUCUCGGCUUUGUGCCCUGCGGCUUGGCGGACCUCGGGGCGGACCGAAGAGGGGCUGGGCGCCCCCCGCGAGCACAGGUGCUAGCUCAGGCAGGAGGCAGCGCCUCGGCGGAGGAGUGCGGAAGGGGGGAAGAAGACGCGCGCCGGAACCUGGUCCCGGGCGCCCGGGUCGGCCGCGGAGGAGCUGCAGCCUCCAACAGCACCCUCUCUCCUGCUCCAGGAAGCUGUACAUUUCUGGCAUGCCACCUGCUCUGCUCGUUGACUGAAGGCUCCUAUAUCUCAGCUCAGCCAAGAAGCAAAGGUUGACACAUCUCCCUGAACCAGGCCUUGCCAGGAGCACUGCAUGCAAACUCGGCUGCGCACUAGGGCACGCUAACUGGAGCUGGAGUCAUGGACUUUGUCAUGAAGCAGGCCCUUGGAGGGGCCACCAAGGAUAUGGGGAAGAUGCUGGGGGGAGAGGAGGAGAAGGACCCAGACGCCCAGAAGAAGGAGGAGGAGCGACAGGAGGCUCUACGGCAGCAGGAGGAGGAGCGUAAGGCCAAGCAUGCGCGCAUGGAGGCUGAGCGUGAGAAGGUCCGGCAGCAAAUCCGAGACAAGUACGGGCUGAAGAAGAAGGAAGAGAAGGAGGCCGAGGAGAAGGCAGCCCUGGAGCAGCCCUGUGAGGGGAGCCUGACCCGACCCAAGAAGGCUAUCCCUGCAGGCUGCGGGGACGAGGAGGAGGAAGAAGAGGAGAGCAUCCUGGACACGGUGCUCAAAUACCUCCCGGGGCCACUGCAGGACAUGUUCAAGAAGUAAUCGGCCCUCCUGCUCUGUUCCCACUCCACCUGUUACUUUUUUUUGUUUUGUUUUGUUUUGUUCUUUCUUUUCUUUUUAUUCAGUUAAGUCUCAGUUCUGAAGGGGAAAACCUCAAUUGACCUCUGCCCCCCUUCCCUGGCCAGGGACUCCUCCCUCUCAGUAUUCCCUCACAUACCCUUCAUCCCAAGGUAUCCAGCCCCCACCUCACUUCCACAUUGCUUGAAAAAGGGAAGGCAGCUUCCCCCCUGUAGGGGGCAUUGAACCCAGUGCCAGAGACACUGAGGGCCCCCUCCAGAAGCCUAAGGUCUAUGCUAGUGUGGUAAUCCCCAUACAUUCCUUCAUGCACCCCACUGCCAGGAGGACCACCGUCCCCAGCCAGCCAAAGUAAUGACACAUUCCAGCCCUGCCCAGCAUGCCGACCUUUGGCCUCUGUCCCACAGUGGGCCUCUAGGUCAGGGCAGGGGCGUUGAGUGGCCUGGCCCUGAGGAAGGGAGUCAGGGUAAGCCUGCCCUGUGAGGACCCUGCCUGAGAGGCCCCCCUGUAUUCUGGCCAGGCCUAGGUCUGGGCAGGAGGCUGGGGCUCUCCUACUUCCCUCCCCAUGAGAUGACACCCACCCCAGGAACACUCCUCUCCCAACCCCCACCUGAGGAGGCAUAGCCCCUGCCAAUUCAGUCCCUCCAAAUGGAUCCUCUUUGGACUUUAACUCAUCUGUAGAGAGGCCCCAGGGUAGAGCAGCCCCUUGUUUCCCCCUAUUCCACUUGGGUCCUGGGCCCCCACUGCCAGGCUAGGCCCGUUUGCCCAGCCAAGGGGCUGCCCAGACCCCCAGAAAAUACUUGGAGCCAUUGGGCAGCGAUGGCCCAUGCCAUGGGACCCCACUACUGGUACAGCCAAGCUGCCCCCAUUCCUAUCCACCCCUCUUCCCCACCCCAUCCUGUCCAUGUGCCUCCAGGGCCCCAUGGUCCCCAGGAGGACCCUAACUGGCCAAAGCCCCAAAGCUUUGGGGAGAAGCCAGUUCCAACUUGACAGAAGGCAUCUGUUCAUUCAUCUCAUUGGCCAAGAACAAACUCUCCUCUGGAUGUGUGAAAAUGGCCUUUGUUCCACACCACCCCACCCCAAACUGUCAAGACCUCCUGCUCAGGCAGGUGUGUAAGAACUGGUAGGGGAGGGGGUGGAGCAAAUGAGACAGGAAAAUGUGUGUUCACGCAUGCAUGAGUAUGUAUGGCAAAGACUGCAUCAGCAUUGUGUGUCCAAAGAUUGUACAUAUAGGUGUGUUGUUAGAGUGUGGGUAUGUCUUGAGAUUGUGUGUGUAUGUUAAUUGCAUCCCUGUGUUAUAGAGAUCGUGUAUGGUAGGCAGCCUUGUGUAUGUGUGCUUGUUUGAUGGGCUGUGUAUGAAUUGAGAUUGUGUCAUAUCUGUUCUCUGGCCAUCUUGUAUGUGUCGUAGAAUUUGCAUGUGUUAGCUUGUGUCUGCAUGUGUUUUCAAAAUGGCAUGCACGUCUGGAGAGAUGGAUAUGUGUUAGAUUUUGUAGAAGUAUGUGUUUGAGAGAACGUCAGAUGUGCUGAGACUAUUGUGUGCAUGUGUGUGGCUCUGAAUAGGUAGUUGUGUGCAGAAUGUGUGCUUGGGGAGAAAGAACCUGGGUAAGAUGCCCCCCCCCCCGCCGUCUUGGCCCUAAAACCAUUGGUCAUAGGUGGCCACAUCCAACAGGAGACCUUGUCCUUGGCCUAGAGUCCUCCCACCCUUAGGGGGUUCCUGCCUGAGGUCCUCAGAAGUCCACUGGGACUGACCUGGCAGUGCCCUGAGAAGCCAUUCUGGGCCCCUACCAGGGCCUACCCCCAAAGCAGGGCCCAGGGAGGGGGCGACUUGCCUGCCCCCGAAGCUCCUGCCCCAUGGACUCCAGUUUGCAUUCUGCAGGUUUUCCAUUUUAGUGGAUUUAUGCUUUUAUUUCAGAGAGAGACAUGUGUCCUCUCUGUCCGUUUCCAAUAGUUAAAGCCAUAUCAGUUAGACUGCAAUACUUUAAAGAUGAGACAAAACAAUCCAUAUGUUUAGGGAACCAGAAAAAUCUCCUGGUCUGUCCCUUUUCUAGGGAGCAGGGCUCCAGCAGCUCCAGCUCCCUGGAUUUGCCCUUCUCCCCCGCCCCCUCCCCUGUGCCCCUGUGUCUGUGCCUGUGUCUGUGAUGGGGAGCCACCUCGCACCCCUAUUGUCUGCUUGUCUGUGUCUCUUUUCCUGGGCAGGAUGGUCAUUCUCUAGAGCCCCGGGGUCCAGGGACAGAGACAGGCAGGGCCCAGUCCAGGGGCCCCAGGCUUUCCCAGACCCUGUGUGUGAGCCCCACCCAGGCACAGAUGUGGAUCCCAAGUAUUCAAAAUUAAAAGUCUGCCCCUUGACAGGGGCACAUAGAUCUCACAGGUAGUGCCAGGGAACAACGGGUGCCAGAUGGGCAGUGGAGACCGAGGCUCUGGAAGCUUCAGAAGAGCAGGGGAACUCAACUGUGCAAGAUAUCCCUGGUGGACCUGAGGGACCCCAGGCCCUCAGAGGAUGUCCCUGGUGGCCUCCACAGCCCCCCUGCACCCCCAGAGCAGGCUCAGGGAUUUUCCCAUAGGACAGCACCCUCCAGACUGGCUGGAUUAGUCUGGUGCACAGCCUAGAUUCCUCCAGACUUCUCAGGCCUACUCCUGAGAAGCAGGACUAGAGGUCUUCCUGGAAGUGGGAGCAAGGGACAAUUUCAGCAUUGGGCAUGCCUUCCUCUAACCACUGCCAGGUGGUCAUUGUCAGGUCCAGGGAGACAUGAUGACUGUCAUUACUGAUAUAGACCUGACUGUGGAAAGAAGCUAAGGUGUGACCAGUGAAGAUGUUGUGUGCAACACACUCAGGUGGAGGGAGAGGGGAAACAAAAUAUGUAUGUAAAUAUGUCCUCUAGCAGGGAAGGGAUGGUCACAUGAUGUACUUGGGGUGGGAGGUGUGUGUGGCCCACUAGAUGGGAGGGGGAUGAGUUUAUCUCAUAAAUGGGGCAACAUGCAUAUGAUACACUUAGGAGGCUAGGAUGGGGAGGGAGUGGUCCCGGAAUUCAGCACACACAUACAACAUAUCAGGGAGACAUUCUCCAGCUAGGGAAAUAAGAAGGAGCAAUCAUUUAGAUAUGGCAAAAACAGUGAGAUGCAAGGGAGUGGGCACACCUGAUGUGGGCAUGCAUGGUUGCCAGGGAAGGCCACUGCCAGAUGUGCAUGGCUGGGAGCUCACACCAUCAAGAGAGGAGGGAGAAGGCUUCUCCCAUGCUGGGUGCUGGCAGUGAGGCAGGACUUCCACACAUGGACAUUCUCAGCUCCUGGAAGGUGUCCUUACUGGCAAAACUGUGUGGGGUCUUCUCCAAAGGCAAGCAGGAAGUCCAGAGACCCUCUUCAGUAGGGUGUGUGUGUGUGUGUGUGAGAGAGAGAGAGAGAAAGACAGAAGGAGACAGCGGGGGGAGGUGGGGAGAGAGAGAGACAGUGAACAGAAUGAAGUAUUUCAGCACCCAUCUCAGGUAGGACAGGUGGGUAAAGAAGCUACCCCACGGCUAUGGCUAGCGUAAAGUGGGCAGAACCCCAACCCCAAGAGCCCCCAGUACCUAGCUGGCAGGGUUGCCCACCCCACCACCCAACUGCUCCAUCCUAGGGUCCUACAAGCCCUUAACUGGAAAGGCAGCUGGGGGUCAGAUGGCUCAGGGGAGGUGUGCCUCCCAGGCCUGAAGACUUGCCUUCCCCAACCCAUCCCCUACUCUCUUCCCUGCUCCUGCUACCCAGUCUUCACUAGGGAGAGACCAGGAGGUGCUUGUGCUGGCCCCAGGGUGGGGGCCCUAGUGAGACCCAGGUGAGGAUGACCAUCCUGCUCUCGCGGGGGAAUCCCUUUCCCACAUCUGUGCUGUGUCCUUGUUGCUCUGCUUUCUUUAAAUGUGUCAGUGCCUGGGGGGAGAGGAGGGGCACCCUCUCAUGCCCCCUGAACCUGACCAAAAGCCAUGGCUGUUGCUCCCCCCUUUGUAUGACGCAGAUGCUAAGAUGUACCAAACCAACCAUGACAACAAAGAAAAGACCUUGUACAGCAGCUCUUGGUCUGUCUGCC